UCAAACUCGGUGCCACAUCGCCUUUGAAAAGGUGGGGAUUGCACUGAGAUGUGCACUGAUGGGACUUGCCUGGAACUGGAGCGUCUGUUUCCACUGCUGACAGGCAAGUGCUCUUACAACAUCAGCUCGUCUUAGAGAGUUUCUGCUUUUGUGUUUCAGAGCUCUUAAUCUCUGGUGCCCUGUGGAGGGCAGGAGCACUAGGACACGGGUGUUUCUAGACAUGUCGGUUGCCUGUACACAGUGACCAGAGUUCAAGUUUUGAAGUCAGAUGAGCCUUCAGCCAAGCUGUGUUGUCAUGUGGAUGACCUGGGAAUGGUCACAUAAUGCCUCGUCACUCUUUGCCUGCCUCCUCAUGUACAUUAACUGCAUACCUGUGUAUUUCAUUGGGUUAUUGCAAAGCCGGUAGGAGAUUGAAUUCAUUCUGUUGAAGUUCUACAGUACAACCCUUAUAUUACUGAGGCCCCAGGAGCAGAGAAGAGGGAAGGCACCCUCUUUUGUCAGGAACCUUUGCGAUGGACGACAGAGCAGACUCUCUGACAGUUCAUCUCCUCGCCAAUUCAGGACAUUCAUUGCUUCUGCAGCAAACUUUGGAUCGGCUUUUAGAGUGGAUCUGCCUGGACAUUCGCCUUUUCCUUGUGUCUGAGAGGGUUACUCCACUGAAAUACUAUGAGAGAUAUUGUAAGAGAAGCUGUGGCUUUCCUGGAGUAUCUGUUCUUCUUUUUCUACACGAGGGGUUGGGGGAAGAACGGAUUUUCCAGGUCCAUGAACAAUUCCAGCGUCCACCCUGGCGCUACCGCUGUGCCCAGAUUGCUAAUGGGCAAAGCUACCCCUAUUCCCUCACUCACCAGGAUUUCUAUAGCCUGGAUGACCAGAUGCCUGUGUGGGGCAUCAGGCGGGUGCACUGUGGCCCCGAAAUCCUGCGUGUCACCCUCUACUGCAGUUUUGACAACUAUGAGGAUGCAGUGAGACUCUAUGAGAUGAUCCUACAGAAAGAAACAACCGUGCAGAAAAGUAACUUCUGUGUCUUUGUCUUGCAUGCCACCCACACUAUUGCUGUGCAGCUCUGCUUGAAGCAGCUGCCCAUCGGGGUGGCUGCUGAGCCGAAGGAGUCAUCAGCUUUGCAGUUCAAGGUGCAAGAAAUUGGGCAGCUGGUGCCUCUGCUGCCUAACCCGUGUAUUCCCAUCAGUAGCACCAGAUGGCAAACACAAGACUAUGAAGGAAAUACAAUUCUGCUUCAGGUUCAGCAUUGCCCCAAGCCCCAUGAAACAAGUGUUGGGCUUUCCCAUCGGCAUAAUAAUGCAGGCAGUGACAAAACCAUGCAGGACUCUAUCACAGCCCAGCUCCCUGUCAAGCGGGGCAACCGUGGGCGGCGAAGCCAGGAGGUGAGAACCACAAAGGGCAAAACAAAACCCGACCAGAGCAAAGCCCUCCUCACUCCUGAUGCCGCCAGCGAUGACUUCCACAGGUGCUUCUGCUCUUCCCUCAGUGGUGCAGCAGCCUGGCCGUGGUGGGAAGCCACGUCCCUGCGCAGGCAGGGGAGCAGCAAGCUGCAGGCCUCCCUGCAGGAGAGCCGUGCGCGCCGGCAGGCAGCGGAGACCAACGUGGACACCGGGCUGGCCGUGGGCACCGCUGCGAGCUGCGGCGCACUGAGCCGCUUCCAUAGGGACCUGCGGAGCAGCCUGCUCCAGCCGUCAUCCGGGGCCGGCAGCACCCUGCCUUCUCGGGGCUGCACCCAGCGGCUGCAGGCUGCAGCCAGGUGGGAUAAAAACACAGGGCAAAGAGCGUCGAGCUGCCACUCGCAGACACAGCACACCAGUCCUGACAACAGAGCGGAGGAUGAGGAGGAGGAGUUUUUCAUAUGACUGAGAGCAGCCUUGCCAGAUGGGGCUUAUUGUUUCCAAAUGACAGCGGAGCACUUGUGUGUGUGUGUGUUGUACCUGCUUGUGCUGUGUGACCAUUGCUCAGCUUACCUCCGAAGGUGAAAUGUGACUACAUUUCAGUAGUGGGUUCACUGAAGUAUAUGCUUACUUUCCAUUGAGUGAUGCUAAAAAGGCUUCAGGCAGAGCAGGAACAGUAACACUGUGUUUACAGAAAGGUUUGUUUUUUUUAAAAAGCAGAAUAGAUUGGAGGAUUUUUGUACAAUGAGUAGGAAUAAGCCAUAUGACUCUAUUCCAAGAGGCUAAAGAUAGCCAGUGACAUCUUCUGAUGGCGUUAGGGCAGUUUGCCUAAGCUGCCCAAGCAGCUGGAUGCCCUCAGGGGGAGCUUGUCAUCCCUCCCUGACAUAUUGGAACCAAGGUAGUUGUGUUGUCACAGUGGUUACAUCGAUUUUCUCUGUGUUCCUUCUCACUUCCUCUAUUCAUGGUAUUUAAAAGAAUGUUGUAAAUUUUAUGCAAAAUGUGAAACAUAAGAAUGUUCUUUUAAAAUAUUUUUGAAGAAAAAGAAGUCCUAGAGAGAGCUUUUCCCCCAUUUAGCAACAGUGCACACUAAAAGCAAACCCUCGCAGAGCACAGUUUGAGCUCCAGGAGGACCUGUGGCUACCUAUUCAUGACACCAAAGUAAACCCAGCAGCAGGCUGGGGUCUGUUAGACCAGUGUGAGUUAUCAGCAGGCAAUCCUACUUGUGUUUUAAUUAACAGAAGACAAGAGAAGCUAAAAGUCUUGGCUGGAUGCCGGAGAGUAAAAAGGAUACAAGAAGUGAAGUAAUGUUUCAGCAACAUAUGCUGAAAUAACUCCCAUCUUGAUCAGCACAUCCUUUUCUCAAGUGGAUUAAGUAAAUCUCAAAGGGAAAGAGAUGGGAAAGGCAUGACAGAGGAAUGAAAUUAUAAAAAGAAAAGCCAAAUCUGCUCAUGCUUACCUUCCAAGCAGCACAACGAAGAGGUAUUUUCUCCUUCAAUAUCUGAAUUCUGCUUUACAUAAAAGUGUGAAUUUAUUGGAGAGUUCCUUCUCUUUGCCUCUUUGUUCAUAACUCAAGUUUGACAGGCAAUGGCUUCUAGUGGCCCAAGGGGAGGCAGGGGAUGAUGUGCAGCAGCAGCAGGAGUUCUGCGGGGGAGUUCUGCACACUUUUAUGGGUAUUGACUUGUACGUGUGCCAGCUGAACACAGCCCACACUGCUGCUGCAGCUUUGGUAUCCAGAAACAUCCAAACCCACCCCUCUGCUGCUGGUGGGCUGUGCACUCCAGUGGGACUGGAGCGUGGUGCUGCUGGUGUGUGUUAGCUUGGGCUCUGGGAAGGUUCUGGGGAAGUCUGGAAGUGCAGCUGAGCUGUUCUGAAGAGCUGUGGGUGGGAAUAAGCCAGUCCCUGCUCUGUGCCUCCAUGUCCUCCCUGCUGGUGUUGCCCUGGAACCAUUGCUCAUGCACCCUUCAGUGCAGGGAGCGAACCCUGCAGAGCGCUGAACAGGACACUUAUUCCAUGGAUAUUUACAACCAUGUUUCCCUAAGCUCUGUAAAAAAUCCGGACUUUUUAAUAAAUCAUUUUGUGAUUCUUUUCA